GCAUGCGCGCCGCCCGGCGGCCGCUCAGGGUACAAGAUGUCGGCGCAGGGGGACUGCGAGUUCCUGGUGAAGCGGGCCCGAGAGCUGGUGUCGGGGGACCUGUGGGCGGCCAAGGCCUGGCUCAUCACGGCGCGGAGCCUCUACCCCGCCGAUUUCAACAUCCAGUAUGAGAUGUACACUAUUGAGAGGAAUGCUGAAAGGACAGCAUCUGCAGGCAGGCUGCUCUAUGACAUGUUUGUGAAUUUUCCAGACCAACCUGCUGUAUGGAGGGAGAUUAGCGUUAUUACAUCAGCAUUAAGGAGUGACUCACAGGACAAACAGACACAAUUUUUAAGAGGAUUAUUUGAAACCCUUCCUGGUCGGAUCCAGUGUGAAAUGCUACUGAAGGCCACAGAACAGUGUUUUAACACAUUAGAAAGGGCAGAAAUGCUACUUCUACUUCUGCGACGUUUCCCAGAGACUGUGGUGCAACAUGGGGUAGGCCUUGGAGAAACAUUGUUAGAUGCUGAAAGUAUCGAAGAACAAGAAUCCCCAGUGAAUUGUUUUAGAAAAUUAUUUGUUUGUGAUGUUCUUCCUCUGAUAAUUAACAACCCUGAUGUUCGACUUCCUGCUAGCUUGUUAUAUAAAUACCUGAAUAAAGCGGCAGAAUUUUAUAUUAACUACGUAACUAGAUCUACACAGACAGAAAGCCAAUAUCAAGGUUCACAAGACUCCUCUGAUAUUAUGUCUCCAAGCAAGCGUAGCUCUCAGAAAUACGUAAUUGAUGGUCUCACAGAGAAAUCAUCACAGGUUACAGAUCCUUGGGAGAGGCUGUUUAAAAUACUGUCUGUGGUGGGAAUGAGGUGUGAAUGGCAAAUGGAUAAAGGAAGAAGAAGUUUUGGUGAUAUUUUACAUCGAAUGAAAGACCUCUGCAGAUACAUCAGUAACUUUGAUAGCGAUGCACACAUUAAAUAUAAGAAUCAAGUAGUGUAUUCCACGAUGCUGGUCUUCUUUAAAAAUGCAUUCCAGUAUGUCAGCAACAUCCAGCCGUCACUCUUUCAAGGUCCAAAUGCUCCAAACCAAACCCCAUUGGUUCUUCUUGAGGAUGUGACCAACAUCUAUGGUGAUACAGAUAUUGAUCGUAACAAACACAUACACAAAAAGAGGAAACUUGCCGAGGGAAGAGAAAAAACAAUGAGCUCAGAUGAUGAGGAUCCUUCUGGGAAGGCACGAAGUCGACAUAUUACAGUAAACAAGGCAGAUCUUGCAAACUCUAUUGAAGUAUUAGAGAGCUUUAAACUGGCAAGAGAGAGCUGGGAGCUGCUCUAUUCACUGGAAUCACUCGACAAAGAGUUCACCAGAAUUUGCUUGGCAUGGAAGACGGACAGCUGGCUUUGGUUAAGAAUCUUUCUUACAGACAUGAUCAUCUACCAGGGGCAGUACAAGAAAGCAAUUAGCAGCCUACAUCACUUAGCAGCUCUUCAGGGCUCUCAUUCUCCACAGCAAAUUACAGGUCAAGGAUCACUAGAAAAUCAGAGAGCACUAAUACAGUUAGCAACAUGCCAUUUUGCCCUUGGAGAAUAUCGGCAAACCUGUGAAAAAGUGCUUGACCUCAUGUGCUGUAUUUCACUUCCAAUACAAGAAGGAGGUAGAGUACAAGAAGAACAACCUAAAGUAAAGUCUAAAUUCAGGAAAGGGUCUGAUUUGAAACUUUGGCCAUGUACCAGUAGAGCGAUCAUGCCUUACUGCCUUCAUCUAUUGUUAGCUUGUUUCAAGCUCAGAGCUUUCACAGACAGCAGAGAUGAUAUGGCACUGGGCCAUGUAGUUGUUCUGCUUCAGCAUGAGUGGCCAAGGGGUGAGAACUUGUUCCUGAAAGCCAUCAACAAAAUCUGCCAACAAGGAAACUUCCAGUAUGAGAAUUUUUUCAACUAUGUCACGAAUAUUGAUAUGUUGGAGGAAUUCGCUUAUUUAAGAACACAGGAAGGAGGGAAAAUUCAUCUGGAACUGCUACCAAAUCAAGCAAUGUUAAUCAAGACUUCUAGCCCUCCCAUGGGGUUACUGCAGCAGGAAUUCAUACCUGUGCUACAGCCCAGCAUACAGACUGCUGACAGGCAUCACACAGUUACCCGUGGUAUAACUAAAGGAGUGAAAGAAGAUUUUCGCCUGGCCAUGGAGCGCCAGGUCUCGCGCUGUGGGGAAAAUCUCAUGGUGGUCUUGCAUAGGUUCUGCAUUAAUGAGAAAAUACUGCUGCUGCAGACUCUCGCUUGAAUGGACUGGAUCGUGAUAAAGUGCCUCUUACAGAGAGAGGGGAAGGCUCUUCACUGUAUGAACAGCAUUGUGGCAGUGAAAAAUCACUUGUCCAGGGAGUCAAAGAAGUUCCCUAUGAGGUACAGGCUCUGCAAUACACAGGCACUACCCAGUGUUUGCUACCACUUCAUUUUCUAAUGUGGGUAGAUCAAACUUUAUAAAUAAAACUUUAAGUCUUCUGUAAUGUCC